GGAUCCUGUACUCGCGGGACAAAUCGGGAAAUGCCGAAGAGUCACGAUGUCUGGUCGCAGGAACUCCGAGAUGAUGAAGAGACUACCUAUGAUGGUACAUUCCAUCAAUAAGAAAUCACGAGGACGAAAAACUUCCGUGUUUUCCGAAGUUGUUGUGUGCUGUACACAGACUAAGAUGUCUCGCUUGGCUUUUUGUAUUUUCUUGACCUCAACAGUGACAAUUGUGUCGACGCAGUAUGUUCCACCGUACACUGAAGAAUGCAGAACUGGCAUGUAUCCCCCUCAGGGUCCAACGUUCAAGGGUGCAGUUACCUGGUACACAGUUGACCUAGAUUUGCCUCCAAGCAAAAGAUGGGCAGCACUAAUGUCUGAGAAGAAAGAUGAGAUUGCCAGCAUGAUCAAGGUCAUCAAGGAUUUAGCUGAUGCUUUUGUUCCCAGUGGGAAACUUAUUGAAUUUGUUGACAGUAUUCUGCCUCUCAUAGUUGACACACUUCCGUAUCCAUUUAAUGAAGAACUUAAAGGAAUAGCAGCAGGUUCCGGAGUUCCAUUGGGUGAGGUUACACUUUUCAAUCUGUUCUACGAAGUGUUCACUGUUUGCACCUCAGUAGUUGCUGAAGACUCAGACGGUAAUUUGAUCCAUGGCAGAAAUCUGGAUUUUGGACUGUUCAUGGGAUGGGACAUGAAGAACAAGUCAUGGAUGAUCACAGAGAAGCUGAAACCACUGGUGGUGAACAUUGACUUCCGGAGGAGCAACCACACUGUCUUCAAGUCCACAGGCUUUGCCGGCUACGUAGGCAUGCUGACUGGCAUGAGGCCGCACUCAUUUUCCCUCACCAUCAACGAGCGCUUCAGCAUGGAUGGAGGCUAUAUUGGCAUCAUUGAGUGGCUUCUGCAUCACAGGGAUGCCAUGUGGAUGGGCUUCCUGACUCGCACAGUUCUGGAGAAUUCCACCAGUUAUGAGGAGGCCAGGUCCAUGCUGUCCCAGACAAAACUGUUGGCUCCUGCCUACUUCAUCCUGGGAGGAAACCAGACUGGACAGGGCUGCCUCAUCACCCGUGCCCGAACACAGAGCCUGAAGCCCUUGGAACUGAACUUAAAGCAGGGUAGGUGGUACCUGCUGCAGACCAACUAUGACCACUGGAAGGAGCCGCUGUUCCUGGACAACCGCAGGACGCCUGGCAUGAAGUGCAUGAACCAGACGCUACAGCCUAACAUCUCCUUCAAGACUCUCUAUGAUGUUCUCUCAACAAAGCCAGUUUUGAACAAGCUGACCACCUACACUACACUGAUGGAGGUAUCAAAGGGCAAGUUGGAGUCUUUUGUGCGAGACUGCCCCAACCCAUGCAUGCCUUGGUGAAGGCUAUUCUGACAUUACCGGUAAAUUGAUUUAAGGAAG